AGAGAGAGAGAGAGAAAGAGAGAGAGAGAGAGAGAGAAAUAGAAAGAGAUAGAGAUGGAAAGAGUGAGUCUCUAUUCCGUCAGUUCCCUCGUAUUCGCAGUGUUGAAGCUCUAUUGUAGACGGAAUCAGCACGGUAGGACGGUUUUCAGUAGGACGAUCUCCAUCAAACUCUCCUAUGUCCUCUUCCAUCAUCGACGAAACUCCGGGAAACAAUCGUUAAGUAUGCUUGCAGGCCAACCGCUUCCGUUUCGUGUGACCAUAAUGAAGUUCCAAACAUUAAGGGAGAAUUGUCGAGGCAUUCGUUCGAUUAUUUUAACGUAAAAUUGCGAAACUACAAAAAAAAAGAAAAAGAAAAGAAAAGAAAAAGAGAAAGGUAGAAAGGACUCUAUUUGAAAAUACGAUACAAACGUUUUCUAUAAUAUGAUCGUCGUUUUAUCUGUCCUAUAUGUUUAGAAAUAUAGAGAAAAGAUUAGAAAUAAUUUUCCUUUCUUAAGGAAACGCGUUUCGUAAGAUAGAAGAAGAAUACGAGAGGAAGAUCGAGAACAACCUUCGACCUCGGCCUAGAUAUCGAAGAAAUGAGAGAAACAGCGAUUCGGGUUCUACGAAAGAAAUAAAUAUCGUGAAGGAGAAGGAGGAAAGAAAGCAGGAGCGAUUAAGGACGUUUCUUUUCUGGUUGGAGCCGAUCCAAGAAGUCCUGCUGCUCGUAGAUUUCUCGCGAAGACAAGGGAAAGAUCGUCGAGUCGUCGCGAGUGAUAGCUUAUUCUUUCACUUUCGUGCUCGUUUAUACCGAGCUAAGGAUCGUCGAUCGUCAUCGCUAACGUCAGUGAUGACAGGAGUGAAGUGGCGUGCUGGACGUGGUGUUAAGUUUUCGUCGGAUAAAUGUGCGCGAUGUAUUAUUAUGCCAGCAAGCUGACUGCGGCAGCAUUAAGCGGAGGUGGAUCCUUCGGGAGUGGAGGUGGUGGUGGAGGCGGAGGUGGAAGCCACGGUACAACUGUUCCACCUGUCUGUCGAUGUCACGAGGCACAAAAGGAACGGCAACAAUCGCCGAGAAGGACUCAACAAUCGGCAGGCCAAUCCUCGAGGAUUCAUACGCGUCCGACGAAAACCAAUGCGACCGCCUCCGAACCCACCACCUCCGCCGCCACCUCUACCACCGAACACGUCCUCGUCGAGCAUCCAAGGCCGAAUCAUUAUCAUCGUCAUCGAACCAAGCACAAGAUCUACUAAUGUGAACGAUUUUUUACGGAUGCUUUAUAAUAUAUUAAAAUUAAUCCUUAAUUGUCAAUGAAUAAUACAACGAUGAAUGUCCAAAUGUAUAAAACUACCAUUCCCAAGUAUUACAAUAAUUCUCACAUUUCUCAUCUAUGAUAUGAUAUACCAUAACGGAAAUAUAAUGAGGCAAGUAGCAUAAAGCUUAAGCAAAGCUGUCCUUGAUAUGCGAAGGGAAACCACGGAACUCGGUACUCGGAAGCGGUUUGCAGAAAUAAUGGCGGAAAUGCACGGAAAUAGACCGUCAAAGUUUACAGGCGAAUGACCAAGAGAUAUUCCAUAGAUCGUAAAACUCAACGGCAACCCCGUUGGAGAUUCACUAUCCUUUCCCUGUCCCCCUUCGCACAAUUCCCCCUUCUCACAAUUCCCCCUUCGCUUUCUCAUUCUUCUCUUUGCGUAUGCUUCGAUAAUUAUCAACCACGUAAUUGCUUUGUCGCCCGACUCUCCUCGUUAUGGAAAUUUCUCCAUCUUCCCGUUUACCUUCAGAUCCGCUUAUUCUAGUUCGAUACUAUGGGGCAACUGUAACCUUAACUUUGUAUAAACGUAUUAUCUGGACUCGUCGACGGUGAACAAGAGAGACAGAACGUGAAAACUCUUUGGUUUGUUUCUCGU